AUAUAUAUAUACCUGUGUAAAAACCAAAUACAGUAAAAAACAUGUAAAAUCUCUAAACGGUGGUUACUUUUAAAACCAGCGAAUCUACUCUGCAGAUUCUGUUCUCUUAAUAAAAGUGUGUAGAAAAACUAAAAUUAAGUAUUCAAAGUAAAAAUACAAAUUGAAGUAAAUAUUUUCAAAAUGCUGCCAAUGCGUUGGCAGCAGAAUUGGGAGCUAGACUCAAAGGAUUAAAGAUUGAAAGAGAGUGAAGGUAAAAAGAGUGCAUAGAUAAGAAAUAAGUACAAAAAUAAUGUGUGUGUAAAUACUAUGGAUAAAAGAAUAAACAAAAAAAAAAAGAAUAGAACAUUUUGUGUGUACUGCUUAAAUGUAAAAGCGCGCUGUUGUGCUAAGAGUAUAUCUUCGAAUUGCUGAGUAAAUGCGGCAAAAACUAAAGAAGAAAAAUAAAAAAACAAUUAAAUGAAUUAAGAAGUGCUUAAGAUACACACAAAACGAUUAAACGUCGAUUUAAACAAAAGGAAAGUUUAAUUAUUGUUGCUAUAAUUACAAAAAAGACAAGAGUCUUUAAAAGCUUUUACCUCGUAUAGAGUGACCGCAUGUUGCUCAUUGCAAGCUGGCUGCUGUAAGAACUGACGUAAAGACAAUCAAAUAAAAUACCAACAAUUUAUGCGAGAAACGCUGUGAAAAACAACGAUUUACUUAACAUUCCCAUUGGUCGGAGUAAUUACCGAGUAUUGAGAAAAGCAAUCCAAACAACGGUUGUAUCUGCACGAGUGCUGGGUACCGUCAUCAAUAUAACAACAACAACCAGCAUAGUGGUAAUCAAAUCGUAAAUGACUUCUGCGCAGCCUAAACGAAAGCAAUUGAAACACGAAACCACGACGAGUCAUUACACCGAAAAUGGGAUUUGAAGUAGGCGAAGCAGCAGCUGUUACUUUCGCUACAUGUUUUGCCUAUCUAAUUGCUGCUUGCCGCCGCCGCGCAACGAUAAUCAUUUGUACGUCGAGCGUUAAGUGCGAGCGCCACGCCUUUGGCAAAGUAAUCAACAGCACACAAGCGCUACGCUACUAUUGCAAAUCAAAGCAGGCUGUUUGUUGUGUCAACGAUAACAACGGCAAUCAGAACGAUAUCGCCCAAAAUAAAGACAACAACAUCAACAACAGCAGUGCUGCUAAUUACAACAUGAGCUUACAACAGCAGAGAGAACAACAACAACUACAUCAAAGAAAACUACGCCAGCGAGAAAGUAUUAACAGCAGCACCAGUAGCACCAACAGCAGCAGCACCAGCAGCAGCAGCAUCGGCAGUGGAGUGCGGAAAAGCAGAAGAAGCCAAGUGAUAAACAAAGCAGUUACGCAUACGCCCCGUAGUACUCAACAUCCGCCCAAAAAGCAUAAAUAUCCAAGAGUGUUAAGUAACAGUUAAAUGCAGUGUUGACGGCGCAAUUAAAACAAAGACGCGAAAAUACUAAAAUACAAAACAAGUAAAAUACAAAACAAGCAAUACAAUCAAAUAGGCAUAAAACAGCUGAAUUAAAUUAAGCAAAGUAAGAAGUAGUAGAAGAAGGGUGAAUCAAAAACAAAAUUAAGCAAUCAACCAACUCUACAUCAAUUAAGUCUGGGCGAACGUAAUACAUACAUACAUAAGCUACUAAAGCAAGUAGUUUUGUGAGAGUCGAAGUCAUUUCGAAGAAGGAGCACAAACAUUAUCGUAGAAUGCAACGCCUGCGUACGACUUUCACGCGCUCGCGCACACCCACCGGCGCCGAGAUGAAAACCCAAAAUAGCCUCGAAGUGCCGAAACAGGUGCGUUCCGCCUCGUUCGACGAAAUGCAAUUAGAGGCGCAGCGAGUCUCGUCCCACCUACUUAAGCAGCAAUCAUCGUCAUCGGCAGAUGAACGUUCGCUGGACACCGGCCUGCUGCAGGUGCCGCAGGCCACGCACACACAACGCUCACAUUCAUUCGACUCGGCGGCGGCUUCAGCGGGCAGCGAUGAUUCGGGCACUUUCCUGGAAGUGCCGCGGCGUGGCAAAGCGCGUCGUAGCUCGUCUACGAAGACACCACCGCCUUGCAUACACUGCUUGUAUCUGGAGGAAUACUUGAAACAGCAGCAGGCGGAACAGCGCUAUAUCGCCACUGAUCGGCGGGAGUCGAGUUCACUCACUUACGGCUAUAGCAGUUCUGACGAUGACACCGAUAACGAUGGUGCGAGCGUCCCAGCCGACGAUGAUGUGGUAGAGGAAGGUGAGGAAGAGGAUGAGGAGGAUGACGCAGCCACGGGCGAUGGCAACGAUAUAGGUGGUGGCUCGUAUGAAUAUGAUGAUGCAGCUUUGGAAAUGGACAUCCGACUGGGCGGACUCAGCACCGGCAGCAGCAUUGAGGAGUCUCGUGCCCGUCUGCCACGUCAAAUGCGUCGCCACACCAUCGGCAGCUCAGUCACUACUUCAGAAGAUGAGGGCCUCGAUGAAUCCGAACAUGAUUCGCCGCACUUCGGUAAUACGCUGCUGCCACCAUUGCCAACAACGCCAUGCGGCAUCACAUUCACACUAUCGCCCACGAACGGCGAUUGUCCGCCAUUUCCGUAUGCCUUUCCCAUCGAUCCCGGUUCACCACCACCCUCGCCAUGCAUUUCACUCUCCGUUUGCGACAGUCCAAUGAUGGAAUUGCCGCCACCACCGCCCAUAUCGCCGCUAGAACUGUUACCCCAUCCGCCCACUUUCGAUUUGCCGCUGCCACCACCACCAGGCUUUAGCAGCGGCUUAAGCGCAGCCGAUGCGGAUGAUGCGGCCGCGGCGGUGCCACCUUCGCCGACCACCAUGCGACCGCGACGGCGUUCCAUUUCGCGUCAGGAAGCCAUUUUUGUGGAACCAACAGGCAAUUCGUUGGAAAAUGUGUCACAAGGUGAGGAUGUGAAAUCAUCGGUGGAGGCGGUGGAUUCGGUGGAUGAGGCGUCCACAGUAGCUACAUGUGGUUCGCCGACAGCAGCGAAACAUGCGCUGGUCGUACGUGAUAUUUAUCUAACUGUACCUGAUUUGAAGCGCGAUCGCGCCGCCUCCGUGGAUUCGUGCUUCUCGAAAAUGUCUUCGGCCGGCAAGACAGAGGAACUGCAGCCCAGCGAGGACGGUUGUUUCCUCACCGUACCGAAUAUAAAUGCAACUCGCUCGCGAUCCGUUGACAUUGUGCUGCCGACGGAUGAACAGGCACGCUAUAAAGCGCUCGCCAUGACAGGCGCAUGCAGAGACGGCCCGAUUAGAAAGGACUGA